AUGCCAGGGACUCUCCCCAGGUUCCCCACCAUGCCAGCUUUGCUCAGCUCUCUGCCCCGGGGCAUUGACACACCCAGUCUACCCCGAGGCAUCACCAUGCCCAGUCUGCCCAGUUUACCCAGCAUGCCCCGAGGCGUGACCGUACCCAGCCUGCCCAGGGGGAUGUUGCUGCCGGGGGCUGUCGCCAUGUCAACCGUGUCCCAGGCUCCCCGGAGGCUGCUGCAGGACUGCUGCUCUGUGCUGGACCAUCAGACACCCGGAGGGCUGUGCGGUUGCUGCUGGGCAUUGCGUCCUCGCUACAAGCGACUGGUUGAUAAUAUUUUCCCAGAAGACCCGGAGGACGGGCUGGUGAAAGCCAACAUGGAGAAGCUGACGUUCUUUGCUCUGUCUGCACCGGAGAAACUUGACCGCAUCGCCGCCUACCUGUCGGAGCGACUGACCCGAGAGCUGAACCGCCACCGCUACGGGUAUGUGUGUAUAGCUAUGGAGGCGAUGGAGCAGCUGCUGCUGGCGUGUCACUGUCAGAGCAUCAACCUGCUGGUGGAGAGUUUCCUCAGCACGCUACGUCUGCUGCUGGAGGCCGACAGGCCACACCUCCAUAUCCUCGCCACCUCCUCUUUUGUGAAGUUCGCCAACAUCGAGGAGGACACGCCGUCAUAUCACCGCAGCUACGACUUCUUUGUGUCUCGCUUCAGUGAGAUGUGUCACUCAGAACACGAAGACGCCGACAUCCAGAACAAAAUCCGUGUGUCGGGGAUCCGUGGUCUGCAGGGCGUGGUCAGGAAGACGGUGGACGACGAGCUGCAGGUGAACAUUUGGGAGCCUCGUCACAUGGAGCAGAUCGUCCCUGCUCUGCUGGUCAACCUGCAGCGCCGCGCACACACCAACAGUGAGUCUCCAGUGGAGCAGACUGAGGUGUGUUUCAGGGAGCUGUUGAGUCGAGCUGCUUAUGGACACAUUAACAACGCUAUCAGACCUGUGCUGAUGCACCUUGACAGUCACAGUCUUUGGGAAGGAAAAAGUUUUGCUGUUCAGUGUUUUCAGAUCAUCAUGUUCUCCAUCCAGUCCCAGCACUCCCACCUGGUGAUCCAACAGCUGCUGGGUCACCUGGACGCUAACAGCAGGAGUCCGGCGUCAGUCCGAGCUGGGAUCGUGGAGGUCCUGUCUGAAGCUGCGGUUAUAGAAGCUUCUGGAUCUGUAGGUCCCACUGUGCUGGAGGUGUUCAACACGUUACUGCGACAGCUCAGGCAGAGCGUUGACUACCAGCUGACUGGUUACUAUGACAACGCCGGAAAACACAAAACCACCUCGACUGAAGAGAAGACGCUGCAGGACGCCGUCAUAAAAACUAUUGGAUCCUUCGCCAACACGCUGCCCGUCUACCAGAGGUCAGAGGUCAUGCUGUUCAUCAUGGGAAAGAUCCCCGUUCCUGGAAUCUACCCCGCCCUGGGGUCACCCAACGCCGGGUUUGAAGGCAGCAGAAUGAUCCAGGUGAUGUUGCUCAAGUCUCUGCUCCAGGUGUCAGAGCGGUAUGAAAGCAGUAACCUGUUGAUGGCGCUGCCCUCUUCCUUCCUGGAGCCCCUGCUGUCCUUCACUCUGAUGGAGGACCCAGAGAUCCGUCUGCUGGUCCUUUCCAUCCUCACCUCACUCAUUGACAGACGCCACAAUGCCACCAGACUCAGCGCUGCCAGCGUGACGUUUGAUGUCUCAGCGUUGGAGCUGAAGGAGGACAGGUGCUCCCGACAGGACAACUUGUUCAUCAGGAAGCAUGCGCAGCGUCUCUACCGUCACGUCUACCUCACCUGUAAGGAGGAGAGCAGUGGGCGGGACCACUACCAGGCCCUUGGCACCUUGCUGGCUGUAGUCAGUCUGGAACUGGCCAAUGAAGAGGUGGUGGUAGACCUGAUCCGCCUGGUCCUUGCUCUGCAGGAGCUGGCAUUGUCCAAUCAGGAGUGUCUGUCAGUGUUCAACCGCUGUGGAGUUCAUGCCAUCUGCGCCGCCUUCCUCCACCUGUUGUCCCAGCUCGGUCCUCCUCCACCUCUCCACCAUCAUGUCACGCAGGUGAUCGAAAGUCGCCAGGGUGGCGCAUCACACCUGCUGCCUGAAGACGUUUUUUGUGACAAGCCCAGACUGCCAGAAGGUGAGCUGAAGGUAGACGAAACCUUUCUGUUCAUCCAGUCGAAGAUCUGUGAAGCUCUGACAGGAAGCAGCUACAGCACAUACAUCGAACGCCUCAACACACCCUACACACCUCAGAUAACAGAUGAGGACCGUCUGUCCAAGAGGAAGAGUAUUGGGGACGUCAUCUCUCUGCAGAUAGACAUGGACCCUCAGUACUGUCCUGAUACAGAGCAGAAACCUCAGGUGGAGCAGAUCACCUUCGAGACGCUGAAGAACGCCAUUGAGGACAGAGGGAGUGUGGAGGAGGAGGAGAGGCGGAGGAGGAUGCAGGUGGUGGAGAGGUUUCAGACGGCUCCGUUUGAGGAAAUUGCAGCUCAUUGUGGAGCCAGGACGUUGCUUCAGGCUAAACUGGACCAGGUCUUCGACUUGAUCAUCCGUCCUCCUCCGUCUCCGUCUGGACACUCACCGCCUCGCUCAACCCCUCUCUACGAGAUGAAGUUUCCUGACCUCUGUGUCUAUUAG